AUGUUGUAUGUGGAGAGUCCCAUUGGAGUUGGCUUUUCAUACUCAAACACUAGCUCUGACUACAUUUCUUGGAACGACACUACAACUGCUGAUGAUAAUUUGAAGUUUCUUCUUAACUGGUUGGAGAAAUUCCCAAGAUACAAAGACUCAGACCUCUAUCUGGCGGGAGAUAGUUAUGCAGGCCACUUCAUUCCACAGCUUGCUUCGCUAUUGCUGGAACACAACAAGAAUCCCAACAUCGGACCCAUCAAGCUGAAGGGCGUUGCUCUUGGGAAUCCACUUCUUGACUUAGACAUUAGCAUGGAAUCUGCAGACAACUUGUGGUCGCAUGGAGCAAUCUCAGAUGAGACAUUAAUGCUGGAGAAGACAGUGUGUAAGAUAUCAAGAUACUACAAGGAGUUGUUUGUCUAUAAUAAUGUGUCCAAGGAAUGCAGUGAUGUGCUUGAUAGAAUCAAUAAUGAG